AUGUUGUCUCCUGGGGGUUGUGUUGACGAACAGGGUGAUGAAGAUGAAGACUCUGACUCCUCCUCCUCUUCUCACGAAAGUUUCAAAUAUACUGGUAACAAAGAACUGAAUGAUUUCUACCAGGGCUUAAAAAACGAAAUAUUCUUGAAAAAAUCGACUGAAAAAUGUGUCAAUGAAAAGAAUCAAAUUCUAUGUACUACUUCCUCGGAAUAUACGUCGAAUUCAAACGAUGCAAGCUCACAAGUUUCGACAUACAAAUCCGCAGAUUGGAUUGGUAUCUUCCAGAAAAGUUUAAAGCUUGACAGUAAUAAAUCCAAUCUAUACAAUUUAUUCAUAAAAUCUGUACGAUAUGAUCCUCAGUACAAAGGUUUAUGCCUUCAGCCAUUGAAUGAAAAUACAACAUCGACGCAUAUAUCCGCCUUACCGUUUGAAUUACUUCUGAGAAUUGUUCGAUGGACUAUUGGUAGUCAUUUAGAUAUACGAGUUCUAGGUACAUUGGCUUGUGUAUGUCGUGGCUUCUAUCUUCUAGCCAAUGAUACUUCAAUAUGGCGUGAUAUAUGCUUCAAAUUAUGGCCAAUAUGGAUCACAUAUGAUAUCACUUGUAAUAAUAAUAAUAAUAAUGAUAAUAACAGUAAUAAUAAUAAUUUGGUGUCAAAUCAUCAAGUGACUACUUCACCAUCACUACAACAUUACACUUCUUGGCGUGAAAUGGCAAUCUACCGGCCGAGGGUUCUAUUUCAUGGAUGUUAUCUUUGUCGUGUAACAUAUGUCAGGAUGGGAGAAGCAGAGAUAGGCUCAUCUUAUCGGCCAGUAUUUGAAGUUGUCUACUAUCGUGGUAUACGUUUCCAUGCAUCAUCUAAUCAGAUCAGUAUGUUCACUGCACCAUCAGAUCCAUCGUCUAUUGUAGCUGUAUUGAGUAAAUCGUCGAAUCAAGCGACUGUCGCGACAGAUACAAGCUUGGCUGAAAAUAAUAAUAACAAUAGUGGUAGUAAUAAUAAUAAUAAUAGUAUUGGAAAUAAUAACAGUACGUGUCAAAGUGUUAUCAAAGCAGCUUCUUCUUGUGGUACCUUACUGGAAGGUACUUAUGAAUGGUGUGAUCAUGAUUCAAGUGUGGCAAUUUCAAUUGAUGCGCUUCUGUGCAAAGUUUUAUGUUGAAAUUCAAUCAGAUAGUCAAUGUGGAACUUUUCACAUAAGUGCACAGCAGUCCUAUGUGUGUAAAGUUAUCGAUGUGUACUCAAUGAAACUCCAACACAAGGAAGCCCACAAUCUGAGCGUUGCCAGUGUGCACCAAUUAAUCGCAUUACUUCGUUUCACGAUUUCAUCGUGAUCUGACAUCAGUUAGAGAACCAUUAGAAAAUCACCUGGGAGUACUGAACACCUGUUUCGUUAGCCUAGUUUGUGACUCUUUAUCAGCAUACACCCACACACUGCAGGGUUUGAACCCAGGACCUUCUGAUUACAAGGCUAGAAAGUUCGUAAACCGUUAAGCCACUGGGACGCGAUCCAAUAGUUACUGCAUGAAUUCUAACUUCGGCUAAUUCACAAUAUAGCGCGAUCUCUAGCCAAUGUCUUCGGCGAGUAUUUUUCCUCACACCUGACCUACUGCUGCUGUCCAAUACUCUCAGAUGGUUUUCCAAUGGUUCUGUAACCGAUGUUAGAUCAUGAUGAAGUCCUCCAACGAAAAUAGGAAACUGAUGAAGAAUCUCAGACUAGGAGACGAAACAGCUGUCCAGUACUCCUUCUAGGUUUUCCAAUGAUUCUCUAUCUGAUAUCAGCUUAUGAUGAAAUCCUCCAACCAAUCAAACAAGAUCCCUACAAAACCAAUACUUGAAAAUCGAUGUGAUGCUGACUAGCGACUAGCGUUCUAUUGGGAAGCCGUGAUCAGUAGGCUACAACAGCAGCUUGAAGAUGAAGCAAUAAAUCAUUGAAGACGAAGACCUUGCGAAGUGGUCGCGCUACGUCAUGAAUCGGCAAAAGUUAGAAUUCAUGGACUAGUUAUUGGAUCGGGUCCCCCAGUGGUUUAAUAAUAUAACUCCAAUAUACCCACCAUUAAUUUCAUUACUGACUGACUAAAAUUGAGUUGCUAAGUAAAAUUUCACUCUGAAUUGUAACAGAACUUUAAGGUGCUACACUCCAUGUAUAACAUAAAGGUAGGGAAAAGAAGAAGAAGGAGUAAGGAUAUUCUAAAAGGACUAUAAUAUAAUCAGGAAAUGUACGGAAGAAAGUGUGCGUCGGUGGCACAGCAGUUAGGACGCUCGCCGACCAUUCACAUGAUCCGGGGUUCGAUCCCCGGCCACUGACGCACUCCUUUACCUCACUAAGCCAGAAAUUAUGCUAGUAAAGAGGAAAGGUUGGGCAUGAGGUGGCUAGCAACCCCAUCCUGUAAAAAUAAACACCACUGCUACAGAAACUUCAAGCCACUAACUUGAGGCCCUAUGUUCCACUGGGAACGUGAAGGAAAAAAAACGAAAGAAAGAAAGAAUAGUAAUAUGGAAAAAUUAGGCCGGGUUUAGUGGAUAUUGGUGGGGGUGGGUGGGUCGCAAAGACUGAAUCCAUGUACUCUGUUGUGUACAAUUUUUUAAAAUUGUAUCAUCAUUAACCUGCAGUCAAUGGUUGGUUCCCUAGUGUUUCAAGGAUCCCAAUCAAGCAGUUUAAAACUCCUUUACGUCUCUGGCUGAAACAAACUUAUCAUUCUCAGUCAGUUGUGUAAAGUGUGUUAGGUAAAGGUAGGUAGAAACCAGUGAUGAAUACACUGUGCAAGAUAAAAUGACAUUAUAUAAACAUUUCGUUGUCUAUCCUUUCCAAUUCCAUACUCCAUAAACAAUUUUAAUCAAUAUCAAUGUACUAUAUAUAUAUAUGUAUAUAUAUAUAUAUACUUUAUUAGUUAUUGAUCAUAAAGGUGAAGGUCAUUCACACCACGUGAUCAGGUAACAUAAUGGAAGCAGAUAAGAGAUGAUGAUGAUGAUAAUAGUGUAGAGAAAAUAUUCAUUCAGGCAUCUAUAAAACACAAAAUAAUUGAGCCAGCAAACAAUAUCCUUUUCGAUAGAUUCCUCCUCUUUUCUAGCUCUAUAAUUAUACACAUAUAUGUGUUUAUAUACAUAGAAUAUUCUAGAAUAGCCGUAAAUAAUAAUAUUGGUGUUUUUUAAAUAACUUCACUGGAAUUACAGUUCAUUAAAGAUGCUUAAAUUAUAAUAGCACAGGAGUCAGUCAGACAAGGGUGCUUAUUAUCACCAAUGGUAUUCCUAAUUGUGGUACACUGACCCGAUUAUGCAUCAGACUGUGAGUGGGAAACGAGAAGACAGGGAUAUCCUGGACCGACAUGAAGAACCUAGUAGACCUGGAUUUCGCGCGUGGAUGAUUUAUGUUUGAUGUCACACACACAAAAUCGAAGACUUAUGAGCGAAAACCGACCGACAAACUGGUCGAAGAAGCAGCCGGCGAAGACAGGACAGACUCCAGGUGAACAUAGACAAGACGGAGGUUAUGAAAAUAACCAACCAACCAACAACAACAACAGCAACAUCCAGCGCCAAUCACCAUCAAUGGGAGGGAUUUGAAAGAGGUUACUUCAUUCACUCACUUAUCUAGGGAGCAUUGUCUCAACUACAGGAGGAGCGGACGAGGAUGUCAAAUCGAGCGAGAAUCGGGAAGGCGAGAAACACAUCAACCUGAAACCAAUCUGGAAAUCUUCAUCACUCACCCAGCAUCAACAACAAAUUUCGGUCGGAUUUUCAAUACAAACAACGUCAAGUCAGUCAGUUCUUCUAUACGUAUUAGAAAGUUGGUGGGUGGGUCACAAAGAAUAUUUCCAACAGCCUGUUGCAGACCUUUAUCGACAACUGUCUUCUCUCUCUACUGAAGAUCAAUCAGAUGGUUGGGCCGGAAAGAAUCACCAACUAUGGGAAACUAUGGGAGCAAACAAACAAAACAAGAACCAAUCGCCAACCAACAAAUAUGCAGGAGAAAGUGGAUUGAGAUGGAUUGGAUACUACUCGCUGAGGAGGUCGGGCCGCUGGGUGACAUCGCGCGCGCGUCAGGCCAUUCCUCGAGUGGAAUCAGGCCAAAAGCGAAGUGGCGAGUGGGACGUCAGUGCAAGGGUGGGUGACAUGGAGGAGGUCGUGUGAAGAGUUGAGGAGUUGAAACAGUAUGGACUAACUAACAUGGAUGCAAGUGAAAAGUACAUCCGAAGCAAGACAGAAGUGGCAAGUGGAGAUGUGCAGUUGAAGCCCUAUUUUCCACUAGGAACCCAAGAGAACAAUAAUAAUAUAAAUAUAAUAGCAAAUAGAAUACCAACUAAAAUUAGGAAAUCUCCACAACAAACUGAGGAUCAUCAGAACUUAGAUGACCAAGGUAAUGAUAAUGUCUGAACCAACUAACUUCUUUUGGAUGGACAAAUUAGGCUUGUUAAUAUGGAUCCCAACAGCCAGCCUCAGCAAUAUUUAAUAGUCGAACUCUGAAGGCAAAAUUGACAUUCGUAGGUAUGUGCGGUAAAUGACUGUGAAAGCUGCCUCGUUGACAUCAGUCUUGUGUUUUGUUGUAUCCACAAGAUGAGAUAGAUAGAAUAGCGCUACGAAUAGAUUUUUGUUUGUCCCUUACUUAACCAACCACGAUGCAGGGUAAUGUUUGGAAAUCCGAUGAGAAACACGCCUAAUUGUACGGCAUCUACAGUAGUUUUACCAUAUAAGGAGGGGACAUCUGAGACUCUACGUAAGAUUCCCAAUAAAGCAGGAAUUAAGGUGGCAAUCUAACCGGCAAACUCAAUCAGAGACAAGCUCAGUAGGUAACCUAAAGGACCAGGUGAAUCCACUUUAACAAAAUAAUAUCAUUUACAAAAUACCUUGCAACGGCUGUGAGUUAAGUCAACCACAUAGGUGAAACUAGUAAGUCAAGAGUUGUGAGAUUGCCUGUGAGAACAUAAGAAUUUAGCUUAGGUUAGGAGGACUGAUCCCACCUAAUUUAGAGAAAGGAACUCAGGACUACAUUGCAUUAACACACAACCACACAAUAUUGAAGGGUGGGACAGAGUCAUAAUUCUAAGAAGUAAUAUAGGGAGGUGGAUAGAGAGAGAGAUUGAUUACUGAAUCCUGCCUGGUUUAUCGAGUGGUCUACUAUGGAAGAUAUUAUUACCACCAGUCAGUCAGUCAGUCAAAUCAGAGGAGGAGAAUAAAUAAUGUCAAAAUUCUAUUUCAGUCCACAUACAUACUAUAAAAACACUCGUCUUAUUUCCAAUCUGAUUGUAAUUGAUCAAUAACACUCGUAUUAUUAUUUCCGAAUGUACUUUAUCUUUUAUUACUGAUUUUAUUCAAAUGUCUAAUCAUCCAUUUUUACUCAUGUAUAUAAAUGAAGCAAGAAAGUGAGUUGUGUGAGUAGUGCCUUGAUAUGAUUAUAAGCGGCAAUAAAUUGUGCUUGAAACGUACGUGGUCAUCAGCAAAAUAUUAAUUACUGUAUAACAACACACUGUGAAACUUUAUCAAAAUAAAAUCUUAUCCAUAAUGGAGUUAAUACUCUACCACCACAGUGCACAAGUUUUCUACUUAAUAAAAAAUUGAUACAUUAAAGUCAUCUGACAUAGAUGAUUGUUUAUAUUGAAGUUCAAGACACAAUUCCAGAUCUCUACAUAAUCACUGAAGUAUAUCUUAUUUAAAACAAAUUAAAUUGAAUUUUAUACAUCCAGAAAGAAAUUAUUGUUUAUCUUGCCUUACAUAUGGUAAAUAUACUUAACAUAUUAUUGUAAUUUUGUUAUUUUAACUGAAAAUGGACCCAGAGAGACUGUGACAGUUGUUUAUUGCAGAAGGUUUGGAAAGAAGGAAGGAAACACACCUACCGAUUGAAAGAAGGGCUGGCUACCUUGUCAAGCUAACAAAAUAGGGUGACUUAGGCCUAUGCAAGAUCUGACUGGCGUGGUGUUGACUGGUGUUGUCCACGCCAAGUCGCAUCAUCCUGGAGAGAAUAAAGGAUUCACUGGUUACAGAACUUUGUCCACCCAAGGAACAAGUUGGAUUCAGGAAAGGCAAAUCAUGUGCGAAUCAAAUUGCAACUCUACGCAUCAUCAUCAUCAUCGAACAAAGCAUAGAAUGGCAGUCAAACCUCCCUCCACCUCAAUUUACUUCGUCGACUUCAUGAAGGCCUUCGACAGACGGCGUUGACCGAGAAGUAAUUUGGAGACUACUUCAACACUACGGCGUGCAGUACCCAUGUCUAUCAACUUCAUUCAACGGCUGGCUAUAUGACAGUGCCAAGUGUCAGGUGAGCGACAACGGAAAACUUAGGCAUUAUCACCUGUGAUAUUCCUAGUUAUUGUGGACUGGAUUCUGCGUAACACUAUGCGUUGAGAGUGACAAGACAGGAAUACGUUGGACCGAUAAUAACACUCUAGAAGAUCCGGAUUUCACACAUGAACGAUUUAUGUUUAAUGUCACACAAACUCAAAGAUUUACAGGCGAAAACCAGCGAACUGGUUGAAGAGACCGGCAGGCAGCGAAGGCAGGACUACAGGUGAAUAUAGAGAAGACGAGGUGAUGGGGAUAACCAACCAACCAACAGAAACAAUAAACAUCACCAAUCACCAUCAAAGAGAGAGAUUUAACAGAGACUACCUCCUUCACUUAUCCAGGCACUAAGCAUCAACCUGAGGAAAACCGCUGAGUGACAUCACACGCCAGGCAAACACUCACAAGUGAAACCUGAAUGGGAAAAAACGAGUUGACCAUGGGGUCCAGUAGUGACACGGAGAAAAUCGCGUUGGGGGGAGAAAAUGAAGCUUAAGGCCAAUGGUAAAGCCAGCUAAAAAUAAGAAUUCAUGGCUAACAUAGCGAAAUGGCACUGUCUGUCUAUCUGUUUUCAAUUCGCCACACUCCCCCGUGUAGCACACAAAUCAAGAGAAGAAAGUUGAAAAAAAAUGCAUAUUAGAGACAGUAAACAGAGAUGUGAGACAAAGGAACAGUAAUAACGAAGAACAAUAUAGUUUAAUUGGAAAUCAUAAGUCACAUGGAGUGGAUGCAUCUGCGCCAGGCAAUGACAACGAUGAGUUUGAGUCAUACACCAAUGGUUUUUACCGUCUCGAGGACCCCAACCAGCCAGGAAGUCUACACCUUCCUACAUGACUGGUUGGCUGAAACUAACUGUUGUGGAUUUCAUU